CGCGGUCGCCACAGACCGCAAGUCCCAGAGUGCCCUGAGAGCAAUGGCGGCGGUGCCGAGGCCCCGCGGGCUGUGAGCAGCAGUUUGGUGACAGUACUGAACCGAAGAUUUGCCGUUUUGCCUCGGAACGAUGGUCGGCGAGAUCAUGGAAAGGAAGAAAUCCCCCGACCGGGCGAACUCCAAAGAGCGGGAAAGGGAGCGGGAGAAGAAACGUUCCCGAUCGCGAUCCCGAGACCGGGAGAGGAAACGCUCCAACUCCAAAGAGAGGAAGCAUCUACGAUCCCGGGACAGGAAGAGAUCACGGUCAAAAUCCGUGGAGCGGGACAUCGAGAGAGAUCGACACCACGGGAAGGACAAAGACCGAGAGCGCGGGAAGAAGGAUCGAGACAAUCACCGGAAAGACAAGCUGAGGAAGCGAUCGAGGAGCAACUCCCCGAAUAAAUUAAGGGACUCAAAAUUUCGGAAAGACAAGGAUAUCAAGAGGGAGGAGGACGAGGAAGAGGAGAAGAAGAAAGCAAAGGCACAGCCCCUCUCGCUGGAGGAACUCCUGGCCAAGAAGAAAGCUGAAGAAGAAGCAGAGUCCAAGCCCAAGUUCCUGUCCAAAGCCGAGCGGGAAGCGGAGGCGAUACGGCGACGGCAGCUGGAGGUGGACGAACGCCGGAAAGUCCAGGAUGACGAGCGGAAGAAACGGAAACAAUUCCAGGAAUUGGGAAGGAAAAUGCUGGAGGACCCGCAGGAGAGAGACCGGCGUGAGCGGAGGGAGAGGAUGGAGCGGGAGAGCCAGGGAAACGAAGAGGAAGGUGGCCGACUGAAGAUUCGCGAAGAGAAAGACAAGACCAAAGAGCUGCAGGCGAUCAAGGAACGCUACCUGGGGGGAGUUAAGAAACGUCGGCGAACACGACACCUGAAUGACAGGAAGUUUGUGUUUGAAUGGGACGCGUCUGAAGACACAUCCCUGGAUUAUAACCCCUUGUACAAAGAGCGACAUCACGUGCAGCUCCUGGGCCGAGGAUUCAUCGCUGGCAUCGACCUGAAGCAGCAGAAACGUGAGCAGUCGCGCUUCUACGGGGACCUGAUGGAAAAGAGACGGACGCUGGAGGAGAAGGAACAGGAGGAGGCAAGGUUACGGAAAGUGAGAAAGAAGGAAGCCAAGCAGCGCUGGGACGAUCGGCACUGGUCGCAGAAGAAACUGGACGAGAUGACGGAGAGGGACUGGAGAAUUUUCCGGGAAGAUUACAGCAUCACCACCAAGGGUGGCAGAAUUCCCAACCCCAUCCGGUCCUGGAAAGAUUCCAGCAUGCCGGCCCACAUCCAGGAGGUCAUUGACAAGUGUGGCUAUAAGGAUCCCACUCCCAUCCAGCGCCAAGCCAUUCCCAUCGGCCUGCAGAACCGGGAUAUCAUCGGCGUGGCUGAGACCGGCAGCGGCAAAACAGCCGCCUUCCUCAUUCCUCUGCUGGUCUGGAUCACCACCCUCCCCAAGCUGGACAGGCUGGAGGAGUCCGACCAGGGUCCGUACGCCAUUAUCCUGGCUCCCACCCGCGAGCUGGCACAGCAGAUAGAGGAGGAGACCAUCAAGUUCGGCAAACCCCUCAGCAUCCGCACCGUGGCCGUGAUCGGAGGCAUCUCCCGAGAGGAUCAGGGCUUCCGCCUGCGCAUGGGGUGUGAGAUUGUGAUCGCGACACCGGGUCGGUUGAUUGAUGUCCUGGAGAACCGGUACCUGGUGCUGAGCCGCUGCACCUAUGUGGUGCUGGACGAGGCAGACAGGAUGAUUGACAUGGGCUUCGAGCCCGACGUGCAGAAGAUUCUGGAGUACAUGCCCGUGUCCAAUCAGAAGCCCGACACCGACGAGGCCGAGGAUCCGGAGAAAAUGAUGGCCAACUUUGAGUCGGGAAAGCACAAGUACAGACAGACGGUGAUGUUCACGGCCACCAUGCCGCCCUCGGUGGAGCGCUUGGCUCGCAGUUACCUGCGGCGCCCGGCUGUGGUGUACAUCGGCUCAGCCGGCAAACCUCACGAGCGUGUCGAGCAGCGGGUCUACCUGAUGUCGGAGGGUGAAAAGAGGAAGAAGUUGCUAAUGAUCCUGGAGCAAGGCUUCGAUCCGCCCAUCAUCAUCUUCGUCAACCAGAAGAAGGGCUGUGACGUGCUGGCUAAGUCCCUGGAAAAGAUGGGGUACAAUGCCUGUACACUGCACGGCGGCAAGGGCCAGGAGCAGAGAGAGUUUGCUCUGUCCAACCUCAAAGCCGGGGCCAAGGACAUCCUGGUGGCCACGGACGUGGCCGGGAGAGGUAUCGACAUCCAUGACGUCUCCAUGGUGCUCAACUACGACAUGGCGAAGAACAUCGAAGAUUACAUCCAUCGUAUUGGCCGUACUGGACGAGCCGGUAAGAGUGGUGUGGCCGUCACCUUCUUGACCAAGGAAGACUCGUCGGUCUUCUACGACCUGAAACAGGCCAUCCUGGAGAGCCCGGUCUCCUCCUGCCCCCCGGAGCUGAGCAACCAUCCAGACGCCCAGCACAAGCCGGGCACCAUCCUCACCAAGAAACGACGCGAGGAGACCAUCUUUGCCUAGAGGGCCUUGGAGGAACUUGGCGGGAGGUGUGUGCGAGGAAGGGCGUGGUUGGGGGCGAGGGAAGAGAUCACCUUGUGGGAGGUGUGCGCGUGUGUGUGUGUGUGAGGGAGGGGGAGCAUGGGGGUGGAAAGAGGACGAGGACGUGGACUUUACUAGCCUGUGGUGGCGGAACAAACUCCCAGGUAAUAGGGAGUGCCCCCCCCACCCCCCACCACCACGCCCAUAGAACCCCCACCACCCCAAACCUACAAGGUAUCGCUUUAUUCCGUGACAUCUCUGUUGACAAUCGGAUGAUGAUUUCUAGCUGUCGAGGACCAAGCUCAAUCUCUCUUGAACUUUCUCUCUCUUCCCCCCCCCCCCCACGCCCCCACGAGACAACAAUCUCCCUCCUCAACAUUGGGGAAAUUAUAGAUUUGAAGCUGGGGGUGGGGUGGGGUGUGGGGGGGAAGCUAUUUAGCUGCUUGCUUUGUAAAACUCACCUGAGAAUGAGAUUCCAGGCGGGUGGUGGUGCAGAGGCGAUAGUUUCUGCCAGUGUAGUGACUGUCGUAAAUGGGU